CUCACAGGGAGGAGGAGAGAAGAUGAAGAGUCGGUUUCCUUUGCUGAGCAGAUUCUGAUGUCAGUUACAGACACUUUUCAGUUUUGCAGGAAAAUUCUAAAUUUCAUUGUUCGUUAUAACUUCCUGUGACUCAUUUUGCGUUGCGAUAACCACUAGUUAGGUCUAAAACGACAGUAUUCAUUCCCAGAAAACCUUAGAAAAUGGGAAAGUUGAAUGUGCUGGUCUUGGGAGGUUGCGGCUUCAUCGGAAGACAUUUGAUCACUUAUCUAGUAAAUAAUGAUAUUGCGAGCUCAAUCACAGCAGUAGAUAAGGUGCCACCACAAAUUGCGUGGAUGAACGAAUACCAUAAACGGAUUUUUGAACACGAUUUGGUUCAUUUUAAAAGUGCAAAUCUGAUUAAUGCAGAGUCUUGUAAAAAUGCAUUCAGUUUGCCGGAUGGUUCCACUUGGGAUCUUGUGGUGAAUUGUGCUGGGGAAACGAAGUCCAAUCAAACGGAUCCAGUUUACAAAGAAGGCAUUCUAAAUUUGAGUCUGAAUUGUGCCAAACAAGCAGCGUUGCAGAAUGUUGGUAAAUAUAUUGAACUCUCUUCGGGCAACAUGAAUUCCUUUGAAACGAUGCCACAUAAAGAAGGAGAUCCCCUGGAACCAUGGGGAUUUAUUGCAAAGUGGAAACUUGAGGUAGAGAAAGAGUUGGCUAAUAUUCCAAAUCUGCAUUACACAAUCUUACGUCUCCCUUUAGUGUAUGGUGUCGCGGAUAAGAACUACAUUAUGCCUCGCAUCCUAGCAGCUGGAGUUUAUAAAGAGCUGGGCGAAACAAUGAAACUCUUAUGGACUAAAGAUCUAAAGCUCAAUACUGUGCAUGUAGAAGAUCUUUGCAGGGCCAUUUUAUUCCUAAGCGAAAGAACUGACUCUUUAGGCCAAAUUUACAAUGUUGUUGAUGAAGGCGAUACCACUCAGGGUGUUAUUUCGCAUCACUUAGCGGAAAUUUUUAAGAUAAAUGUUGAGUACUGUGGAAAAUUGGUUUCAUCUUGUAUUGAUAUUAAAAGUGCAAUAAAUGAGCUAAAUGACAGACAUUUGGUUCCAUGGGCGGAAGCUUGUCAAAGAGACCAGAUUGUAAAUACUCCGCUUUCUCCUCACAUGGAUGGCAGCUGGCUGCAAAAUAAAUCUCUAAACUUGGAUGGAACUAAACUGAAAAACUUAGGUUUUGCCGUCGAUAUUCCUCGAGUUUCGCAAGAAAAGCUGGAGGAGAUCGUUCAAGAUUACAUUGAAAUGAAAGUUUUCCCACCUUCCUGGCUCUCAUAAAGUUGAGAGACAUUUGAAAAACUAUCCCCAGUCCAUAUUGUAUUGAUUUGGAAAAUUAUGAAGCUUGGAUUGGGUUGCAGUUUCAUAAUAAAAUUAAAAUGGAACAAAUGUUCUACGUGAAAAAAGCAAUAAAUUCCUUAAGCAGGGAAAACUUAUGUCUUGAUUAGUUCAAGCAAUAAUCAAUCUUAACUUUGAGAAGACUGCUCAAGCUUUCCAGAUAUUGGAACUUGAUUGUAUUUAAAUUCUUAUGGCAAUGGCAAUAUUGGGAAAAUUAAUGGAUAAAUAACACCAAAUUAUCUCCCUUAAGUAUAUUGAGCAUUUAGUAUGUAUUUAGAAUAGGAUAGCCCAACCGCCUACCUGCCCUCAAGUGUCUUAAUGUACUGCGUAUGCGACUUAACUAUUUAAAUGUUAUGUGUAUCGUAUUUUAAUAUGCUUUUUACCAUGUAGGCACGUUCAAGUGAUUAUAAAGUGCUUAAUUUUUGCAAUUGCUACAUUCCAUAGUCAUAAUGUGAUGAAGAAUUUAUUUUAGAUGAUUUUUCCCCGGAGGAUGUAUUUACAGUUUUUUUUUGGGCAUUAUAAUAUUGUGCAUUUUUUAAGCUAAGAUUGCUUCUUUAUAUAUUAGUUUCACAAUGUUGCAUUUGUGUCUUAAUGCUCAUGUUCCAUUUUGCGCGUUACAAAUUGCUCAAUUUUUCUUUAAUUAUUAAGAACAAUAUUAUAUUGAUCUAAAAAAUUGUUGAAUAAGAUACUGUUUACUGUUUGAUAUUAGCAAAUAAAAUGUAUAUUCUUUAAAUAA